AUGGCAUAUCAACUACGACUUGGCGAUAGAAAAUACAGCAGAAGAUUUCAUACCAACUCCGUGUAUUUGAACGUGGACUUUACACAGAAUUGGAAUAAUGUUUUACCAGCAGAAGUUCCUCAACAGUUGGAUAAUACUUUUAACCAAAUUAUCCGGGACAUUGGAAACUAUUUGAGUUGUGACCCAGACGACCAAGUGAGAUUCAGCGUGUCACACCCGGGAUUGAAAUCACCAGCUUGGAUUCCAUUCAACAAAUGGUCGGGGAUAAGAGCUCAAGAUAUUUUGAACCCUGUGGCGAGAAUUCUGCAGUCCAAUGAACAGUUUAGAUUAGAUGAACGUAUGACACUUCAUGUGUGUCACGUGAGUGUUCCCAAAGGAGAUGGUCAAGGCAGGUAUCUAUUAAAACGAGAAUCAUUAUCACUCGAAGAUUAUUUAAAGAGAAAGAGGUCGAUCGUAGUGGUCAAAAACAAAGAUAAUUUAUGCUUUCAACGAGCUAUUGUCAUCGCCAAACACUACGCCAAUAAAAACGACACACCAGAGUGGGAGACACAAAGAAAACGCUUAACAAAAAGUUCAGGACCUUACAGUUGGCAGACGAAAUGCACCGAACGAUUGAUUGAACAAGUCGGAGCACGUCCUGAAGCUUGUCAAGGACAUGAAACCUGGGAGUUGUACCAACAAACUUUAGGACAACAAGGCUACCAACUGUUUGUGUAUUCUAGACUCCUAUUUGGAAAAUUAUUGUACAAAGGCAAAGUUUCCGGUACCCCUAAAAAACUUCAUCUCUAUCAUCAUGACCACCAUUAUGACGUCAUCGUCUCAAUGCCUGCCUUUCUAGAAAGGAAUUAUUAUUGCGACUUGUGUGGAAAAGGUUACAACAAUAUCGAGACACAUACAUGUAUCAGCGUAUGCAGUGCUUGUCGCCGCCCAGGCAAAGAUUGUCCCACCGAUACACUUCGAGACUGUUUAGAAUGUCAUCGAACCUUUUUCAGUGAAGAAUGUUUUAAAGCUCACAAAACUGGAACCACCCUCAACGCCAUCACCACCUGUAACAAAUGGAAAAAAUGCACUAAAUGUUGUAAGGAAUGGGACACGAGAAAACGAGGCCGACUAUUGGAAGAACAUAUUUGUGGAGAGUACGAGUGUAAGAUAUGUCGAAAAUGGCACGGUAAAGGCGAUAAAUGGUGUUACAUUCAGACCAUAGACAUUGACAAAACCAAAGUGGAAGAAAAACAAGACAAAGAUGUGACCCGAUUCGUCUUUUACGAUUUCGAGUGUCACCAAAAUACCGGGGAACACAUACCUAAUUUAUGUGUGUUACAACUGUGUUGUCACUUCUGCAUCGGACAAUCCACUCCAUGUCAACACUGCGAUUCAACUUGGAACCACCAAAAGGAAAUCAUCUUCUCAGGACCCAACACUUUGGAUGAAGUGGCCAAGUUUUUUGUACACUUAUCGGCCAAGAAAGUCGCUCCCGGAGGUUGUGCUACCACCAAGAGUCAAAACAUCGUUGCCGUGGCACAUAAUUUCCGAGGAUACGAUGGGAUGAUCAUUUUGCAAGGAUUGCACAAACACGCCAUGGACGUACCCAAAGUCAUAUUGAAUGGUGGAAAAGUCAUGACCAUUCAACUGGGAUGUGUCAAAUUUGUCGACUCCUUAAACUUUUUAGCUAUGCCACUUCGAGAUUUACCAAAGACAUUUGGUAUCACCGAAUUGAAGAAAGGAUACUUCCCUCACUUUUUCAACAAACCCGAGAACGCACAAUAUGUUGGAGAUUACCCACCAGUUACCGAUUAUGAUCCAGAUGGAAUGAGUGUAGGAGAAAGAGAAAAGAUGGAUCAAUAUAUUUUGUUAAAUGGUGUUAGACUGGGAUCUCGAUUCUCAUUUAUAAUAGAGUGGUUCCGUGUUCUAAUUGGUGAAGGUCGACGUGGUGUUAACAGCCAGCAGGAUGAAAUAAAAAUAAACAGAGCACCACCAGUAAGUCCGAAAGACGUACACGCACCUGAAGAACUACUCUGUAACCCAAGUGAAAGCAGACAAUAUGAACGUAAAAGAAAUGAAGAAAAGAGAUGGGAGGACAGGACAUCGCUGGUCUCAACACGCACAGUGAAUGAAUCAUCGGCAGAGAUACUGAAUCUGAGAAAUGAGAAUAAUGGAUUUAAAGAAGAACUUGCAAGAAAUCAAAUGGUAUGUGACAGAUUGGAAGAACAGAUUGACAGAAAUGAUAAUAAAUGGAGACAGAACAACAUACUGAUAUAUGGAUUGAAGGUAGAUAACUCCUCCCAGGUUGAAAACGAGGUUUGGUGGAGACUUGGUGUGGAGAGAUAG